AUGACGAGUCUUAAUAACGUAGAAUACGAAGAGGACAAAAAUGUUGUAAAUGCAGAGAUGGAUUCGCCAAAGGGGAAUGUGCAAGAGGUAGUGAGCACCAGUUAUCACAAUUCGGAUAAAGAUGGAGCCGAAAAGGGACAACCUUUUACUCAAAGUGGAAACGCAAAAAAUGGUGCGAACAGUGCAUGCAAAUCUGCCGCGAAUACGCUAAUCACUGGCGCUAGCUCUGAUAAGAAGAGAAAAGCGGAAGCAGUGGAAGAACGGUACCAAAUGGACAGGACCCUUGACGGCAUGAGCAGUGCCCCCAAUGUUGAUAAAAUUGACUUGAUGGAAAAGUCAACUAUUGGUGGCAUGAACAAGCAUGCGAAAACAGGGGAUGGAGACAUCAGUUGUGCCAAUCACAUCGAAAAGAACAUCAAGGGGGUCGAUAAGCUAGCGACCACUGGAGAUGCUAAAGAAGAACAAGGAGUCGAAGCAGGAGAAAGUAGCAAAACCGAACUAGCACAAAGUGACGCCAGUAAGGAGGAAAAGGCGAAGGACAAACCGAAUGAACACGUUAGGAUUAAUAACGAUGCAAAAGAGACACAUGCACAACCAGAAGCGAAUAACAAGAAAAAGGAAAGCUACAAAUAUUUUAUUGAUUAUAGCAAAUACAGAAGCAAAAAUAAUGUGACGUUCUCCACCAAAUAUAAAGACAGCUGUGUGAAUUUAAGCAGCGAUAAGCUCACCUGUUAUGGAGACAAAGGAUGGUCCAGUGUUUUCGUGAAUAAUGGGGCAGACAUCGGAAAAUGGUACUACGAAAUAAAAAUUGAAGAACCUGUGCAAAAUUUCCAGUUCUUAGGUUAUAAGGACAAAGUGAUAAAGGUAAACCCAUAUAUAAGAGUUGGUUUCGCUUGCAGAUACAUGAGGUAUGACUAUCCCAUAGGAACAGACAAAUAUAGCUACUGCGUCAAUAGCAAAAAUGGAAGAAUUUUUAACAACUCCAUAAGUUACGACUGCAUGGAACCAAUUAAAGUAGGUGAUAUCAUUGGGUGCUACUUAAAUUUAAAGAACAAAAAUACGUAUAACUUUGAUCCAAGAUCAGAUAAAAAAUUGUAUGAAUAUUUGCAAAAUGGCAUUCUAUGUGAUCCAAAAGAUCCACCCGUCUUAAAGAAAAACUACGGUUCAUCUAUUUUUUUCUCCCUAAAUGGGCAAAUAAAGAAGAACGCUUUUGUUGAUAUUUAUGAAGGGUUUUAUCAUCCGUCUGUGAGUUUGUACAUGGGUGCUUCGGCGAAAAUUAAUUUGGGUCCUCAUUUUGCGUAUAACCAUUUGAACGAUUACAUCCCGUGUGUGUUUAUGGAACCACCGAUUAUUCUGUGA